AUGCAACUUCUCACAGUCUGGGCUGGCUUGAUAGCAGUCGCUGUCUCAGCAUUCAUCCACCGUUCAUCAGUUUUAGAAGAUGACGACACAACCCAGCUGCCUCUCGUUAUCUGGCACGGGUUAGGCGACGACUUUGAGCGCGAUGGCCUGAAACAAGUCGCUUCACUGGCCGAGUCCAUCAACCCGGGCACAUACGUACACAUAAUCAGACUAGCAGAUACGGGUAGCGGUGACCGUCGCGCGACCUUUUUUGGCAACGUGACCGAACAGAUCGAAACGGUCUGCGAGCAACUUGCAGCGAACCCGAUCCUCAGCACCGCACCAGCUGUCAACGCUCUUGGCUUUUCGCAGGGAGGGCAGUUCCUCCGCGGCUAUAUCGAGCGAUGUAAUAGCCCACCGGUGCGGAACCUGGUCACAUUCGGCAGUCAGCACAAUGGCAUUUCAGAUUUCCAGUCCUGCUCGCUCGGCGACUGGCUAUGUAAUGGCGCAGAGGCACUGCUGCGAUCCGGACGCUGGACCGACUUUGCGCAGGGGCGCGUAGUACCUGCGCAGUACUUCCGCGACCCGUCUGAAUUAGAUGCAUAUCUCGAAAAGAGUAACUUCCUGGCUGAUAUCAACAAUGAGCGCGAACUGAAGAAUGUGCAGUACAAGAAGAAUCUGCAGUCUCUGAAUGUCUUUGCCAUGUACAUGUUCGAUGAUGAUACGGUCGUCGUACCAAAGGAGAGCGCCGUCUUUGCUGAGGUCAAUUCGACUGAUGGCACAGUGACUCCCUUGCAAGAGCGGCCUAUUUACAAAGAAGAUUGGUUGGGUCUGAAGGCGCUGGACGAUCAGGGCAAACUCCAUUUCAAAUCCGCCCCCGGCCAACACAUGGAACUGUCGGAGGAAUUACUGCGGAAGACAUUCAAGGAAUACUUCGGUCCAGUCGAGGAUGGGAAAGCGAUCUCAUCGCCCCGACUCGUUGCUCAACCGGGCUACUAA